GUUGUAGGUGGCGGUGCAUGUAGCGUAGAACACUCUGACGAUUGUUUGUAUAUGAUGGCGUCGAGAUCACAACUUGUCAGAUCAGACAGUAAAGAAUCUGUACUAUCGCUAACAUCUUGUGUUAGUGGCGUUGGGAACUGGCAGGUAGGUGACCGUGCACGAAUUGAUCAGCGCAGCGGAACGGUGGCUUAUGUUGGCCCUACCAAAUUUGCACCGGGUGAAUGGAUUGGUCUCAUACUGGACGAACCUACUGGGAAAAAUGAUGGCUCCGUACAAGGAUAUCGAUAUUUCACUUGCAACCCCGAUCACGGGUUGUUUUGUAAAUCGAGCAAACUGGAGAGAAUACUUCUUUCACCUUCACGAUACAAGUCACCUGCCCCUGGUGAGGGUGAACCAUUGAGUCCAUAUGCAGCUGAAUAUGGGUAUGAUAUAAAUGAUCGGGUGGUGGUUUCGGGUGGAAAGCAGGGUACAGUGAGAUUUCUUGGUGAGACAGAAUUCGCUCAGGGAAUUUGGGCGGGUAUUGAACUGGAACAACCACUAGGAAAGAAUGAUGGAAGUGUACAGGGGAAAAGAUACUUUACAUGUAAAAGCCCUUAUGGAGUCUUUGUUCCUGCCGCCAAAACGCAAAAGGCCCCUUCGCAAACCCCCGGCAAGAUGAAGGUUGUCCAUACAAAGACCUCGCUACUUCGGCAGAACAGAAACUUCGGUGGAAGUCAGGAAUCACUGUCAUCAAUUGGACGAUCGAGCGUGGCCUCGUCAAGAUUUGGCGUUAUGCGCAAGCCAGUAAUGCCUCCCAAUCAUUCGCACUCAGUCGCAGGACAAAAUGCCACAAUCAAAGCACUACAGGAUGCUUUACAAGAAAAGGAGAAGCAUUUGGAGCAGCUGAUGCGAGAAAGAGAUAUGGAACGUUCCGAAUAUGGUCAGUUGCCUGGCCAGGACUCGGAGAAGAUAGCCAAACUGGAGUCUGAAAAGAAAGCAUUGAAAAGUGAGCUGCUUGCGAAGGAGAAAAUGAUUGAAGACUUGAAUUUUCGACUGGAGGAGGAAACCAUCUCAAAAGAUUUCCAGAUAGAAGAACUGCAGAAAAAGCUCACCUCCGCACCAGUGGAAACGGCACCACCUGCCGCUGAGUUCUCAUUAGAUGAUAGCGCACUUGAAAAACGAAUGGAGGCUGAUCAGAAACGAAGAGAUUUGGAGGCCAAAUGUGCUCAGCUCGAUGAGCAACUAAAUAUAUCGAAGCAACAGUCUAACACUCUCGCAGCUGAGAUUGCAGAGCUAAAAGCGAAGCUGAAAAACGCAGAGGGUGAAAAAGAGAAUUUUAUGCGCUCACUGGAUGCGCAGAAAGCAACUCAUGUCAAGAUUCAAGAGGAGUUGGACAAUUCGAGAGCAGAACUUGUAUUGGUUAAAGAACAAGCAUCAAAUGACCGCUUCACAUACGAGGAACAGCUAUCAGCAGUUAAUGAUUUGCUUGAUGAUAAAGUCAGAAAGUUGGAAAUGGCAGAAGCAUUGGCCAGAUCGACAGAAUCGGAACUGCAAAUUGUGAAAGCUGAGCUGCAAUCAGUCCAAAAAGAAGCUGAGAACCAGAAAAAGAUCGUUGAGUCCAUAACGGCGAAUCAAGGAUCAGCUGAAAGAGCCUUAACGGAGAGAUUAGAAGCGCUCGCGAAAGAGCUACAGGAGAAGCAUAAGUCCCUCCUAGCUGUGGAACAUGAUAAGAAAGUUCUCGAAGAAGCUUCUGAGACUAAUGCAAAACAUUUGCAAGAGUUGAAAGAAGCGCUUGCUAGUAUUGAGAAAGAAAAGAGUAGCGCAGUGAAAACCAUAGCCAGUUUGAAGGAGGAAAAGGCAACUGUGGAACAGCAUUUGCAGAAAGAACAGAGUGGAUUGCAGAAGAGCUUAGCCGAAUUCACGGAUAAAAUUAAUGCGAUCACGGCUGCGAAGAACGCUGCUGAAGCUGCCUUAAAUGAAGAGAAAGCGGAGAAAGAGAAGCUGUCGAAAGAGAAAGAAAUAUUAGAUUCACAGCUGCACACCCUCAGAGACAGUAGCGACACUAUUACAAGAGAAACAACAGAACGCCUCGCUCAACUAGAGCAGCGGAUCAAAGAAGCUGAGUCGCAGGCAGCUGAGGAGAAGGCGAAUGCUCUCAAAAAAGAGGAAGAACGUUUAGCGUUGACGAGAAAGCUUGAAGAAAAUGAGACCGAACGCAAAGCAAAGUUUGAAGCUGCUGCUGCUGAACAAGCUGGAGUGGUAGAGAAGUUAAACUCGUCCCUGAAAGAAGCUGAGUCAAAUUGUCAAGCUCUAGAGCAAAAAUGUGCUGGAUUCGAGGCUAAGGUGGCUGAGCUGGACAAGAUUCUGGCGGAAGAACGAGAAAAGUUUGAAGCUAGUACUAAUGAACUCAAAGGAACUACGACAGCUGAAGAAGCGAAAUGGAAAGCUGCUGAAGCAGACUUCAAAGAGAAGCUUGAGCAAAAUCAUCUGGCGAUGGAGACGGCUGCAUCAGAAAUUAAUGAACUUGCAAAGUUCAGAGAACAGGCAGAAAUUGAAAUUAGGCAAAAAACGGAGGAGCUGAACAGCGUUACUGCGAAACUACAAGAGAUAACUAGCGAGCGUGACAACGCUAUUCAAAAUAGAGCCGAAGUUGAAGAGCAAUUGAGACAACAAAUAGAAGCGUUCACUAACCUUCAGAGCACGAUUGAUGCAUCAAAACUCGGUGAAGAUGCCAUGGCAAAGGAGUUGUCUUCUGCGCAAGAGCUUGCUGCUCAGAGGCAUGCUGAAGUUAAUCGUUUGCAAAUCCUGGUUCAGAAUCUUGAAGAGAAGUGUCAAAUAGCAGAGGCAGCAUCAUCAGAUCUCUCCUACAAGCUUGCUGCAGCUGAAAAACACACGAUGAAGAUUGAGGGAGAACGAAGCACUGCUAUAAAAGAACUAGAACAAUCUCUCGCACAAGAAACUGCAAUGCGAUCAAAAGUCGAAGAAGAUCUUCGCAGCAAAUCGGACGAAGUUUCGCGCCUUCAAACCAAUAUCGAAUCCUUAUCUGCCAAAUCCCUCGAGAUGGAGGAUGCUUCAAACAAGUUGCAGUUAGAGCUGGCUGCGAGAAUGUCAGAAAUGGAUGCAAUUCGCAUUGAAAGGGACCAAGCGCUACAUGGUAAGCAAGCUGCGGAGAGCCAAAUCUCAGCAUUGACAACACAGCUGCAAGAGUUGGAGAAGAAGUUGGCUGCUUCGAACGAGAUCUUGAAGAAAGAAGCCAAGCAUAUAAUCUCCGAGUAUGAAGCUCAAACUGCCCAGCUAAGUGCGGAUCUAUCGGAUGCAAACCAAAAACAUAGUGAAUUGACUAGGGAGCUUGCGCUCAAUGUGGAAGAUUUGUCUCGCACGAAGACUGAAUUGGACAAGUCGUCUAGAGAGGCUGAGACUUUGAAACUACAAAUUGACGAGCUUCAAAGGGAACAAGAACAACUUAGAGAGAGAUUAGGACGAGUACAACUUGAAAAGGAAGAACUGAGCAAAUCUCUCGCAUCAAGUCAAAAUGAAGGAAGUUUAGCGCUUCAGCAGCUCCGCCAAGAGUUGGAGGCAGCAAAUCAGCAGAAUGUGAAUUAUACAAGAGAAAGAGAUAGUCUGCUUGCCGAAAUUGAUGAGCUUACGGCAAAGAUAGAGAGCGGCUCUCAAUCUUUCAAAGAAGUCGAACAACGGCUGGCAGUGUCACAGGCUGAAAUCGCUCAAGUAAAUGAAGAGAGGGCUCUAUUAGAAGAGCAACUGCAGAAUGUAUUGACGGAGAAAACGGUGCUCCAGGAAUCAAGGAAAGCUCUUGAGGUUGAGAUGGAAUCCACGCGUGACAAGUAUGAAAGCGAGCUGAAGCAGAUUCAGUCUCAGCUGGCAUCACAACCUGGUCCAUCUUCUGAUAUCUCGCAACAGAUGAGAGAUGAGUUUGCUGAUGCUAUGGAGAAAGUGAAAACUGUAACAGAUCAGAAAAUGAUGCUUCAAAAAGAAUUGGAACAAGCAAGAACCGACAUGGCUGAGCUGCAGCGAGAGGUGACCUCCCUUCGACUUAACGAAGCAACCGCCAGUGUAAUGGCGUCCGAAGCGAGGCAGAAAAUUGACCUCUAUAACGAACUCGAACAGGACUGGUUGAGAAAGCAGCUUCGAAUGAGCGAAAAGAUUGAGGAAUUGAGCCUUGAAUUAGAGCAGGCGAAAUUGCGAACCGAAAGCGAAGAAGUGGAUGCAUUGAGGAGAGAGCUUGCUUUCACUCAUUCCAUCAUUGCUGAUCAAAGAAAAAAAGAAGCAGCUCUGAUGGAGAAAAUUGCUGAGUUAAACAACCUCCCAGCUCAAACAAUAACAGCGGAGACUCAUCGACUUUCGUUUGGUCACCGUGAAGAGAAACCAAGAUUGUAUUGUGAUAUAUGUGAAGAGUUUGAUCAACAUGAAACUGAGGACUGUCCAAAGCAAAUUUCUGAGGAGGAGAUACGGCCAGUGACGAAGAAAGCACCUCCACCACCACGGGACUAUUGUGAUUAUUGUGAAGCAUUUGGUCAUGAUACGUUUGCUUGUUCGAAUCAUCCACAUAAGAAGAAGAAAGACUACACGUUUUGAAAACCAUUGAUUCUUUUUCCAUUGAUUCUUCUUUGUCUAAUCUAUGUUUUGGUUAUCAUCUUAGGUUCCAAAUUGCUCCUAUUUACUAAGAAAUGCAUCUCAAGUUCGUUUUAUAGCAUUUUCAUUAUCUUCCUGUGCAUUAUGAAUAGCUUUGUAGCACUGGCUAAAUUGUGAAGCCAUUAUUUCCACCGGUGCCAUGUUACUUCCUUAUAGAGUCUUAUUAGUAGCUCACCUCAUCAUCCAGUCAAUAACAUGAUCUACUUAACUUAUAUGAGUUAUUCACUUAGUCUCUUACACAACUUGUCCUCUGCUUUCAUAGUGUCCUUUCGAAUGUGUCCAUUCACGUUAGGGUAUGUAUUAGACGAGAUUAGGUUGUUUGUGCCUUAUAAUCAUGUAAAUGCAUAUGUCAGUUUUAUUGUACAUGUUUUACUAGUAUACCUCCUUGUACGGAUAUGAAUACUGCAUGCAAUUGUAGUUUUAUGAAGUGAAAUUUUUCUCA